UGCGUACAGAGGAAGAAACGCCCAUCACCCCGCCUAAGGUGAAAAUUCCAGUAUUAACGCAAGGAGGACCUAGUAAUGUGAAGGGCACAAGUACGGGAGUCGAGGGGCAAAGGCCGACAAAAACAUCCCUGAGUCUUGGGAGGAAAGUAAGAGAGGUGACGAAGCAGGGGACGAGACCACCGCCCCAUGUCGAGGAACAGACACUGACCAUUACGAGGAGCGAGAUGCAGAGGAUGAUUGCGGAAGCGGUGGCGGCCCAGCUCAAACAGACACAGGUCGAGCAACCUAGGGUUGAACAACCGCAGAUUGAGAAACCACCCCCUGAGCGUGAGCAACAAGCCCAGUCCAAUGAGAGACAGAACAUGAGGGUGGACGAGGAAGAAUCCUCUGUGAGAACUAUCAAUCCACAGGCGAGGAAUGAGAAGUUGGAGCAGUUGUUAGCCCAAGUUCGAGAUUUGCAGGCUCGAUUUGAGGGGAAGAAGACUGGAAUCUCGAGAGGACAUCCAUUCUCGCAACACAUUUUGGAUGCUGAUUUGCCGCAGGGGUUUAGAGAGCUGAAUAUCUUGUAUGACGACAAAAAGGCAAAAUCGUCAGGAGAAAGGGGAGGGUCCUUGAAGGCAGACAGAGAGGGACGAUCUAGAAGAUGGAGGCCAACUCAAUACACCCCCUUGUCGGCUCCUCAGGCAAGAAUACUGGAGGUAAUGGAAAAAGAGAUCCAUGACAAUGUCGUUAGGUGGCCACAGACGAGGAAAGAUGGACCAACAAACCCCAAGAGUAACCUCUAUUGUCGAUUUCACAAAGAUUAUGGGCAUAAUACUGAUGAUUCUAAACACCUCAAAGACGAGAUUGAGAGGUUGAUCAAAGCCGGGCACUUAAAGAAAUUUAUAUACAAAGACCGCGAACGGUCAAGCAGAAGGAGAGAAAGAAGUAGGAUCCCUCGCAAGAGGGCGAGAACGCCGGAAAAUGAGGAACUUCCUCAGAAAAGUGUAAUACACAUGAUAUUUGGUGGGCCGACUGACAGAGAUUCAAAUCGAGCAAGGAAGGCGUAUUCUCAAGGGUGGCAUGCUAAGGUUGAGGUACAACAAGUUGACGAGGGCGGCCCAGUGAUGAAUUUUGGACCGAAAGAUGUGGGAGAGGUCGAGAAGCCUCAUAAUGAUGCCCUGAUGAUAACUGCCCAGGUGUCGGGCUAUAAAGUGCAAAUAGUCUUUGUCGACAUAGGGAGUUCAGUGAACGUGAUCUUUUAUGACUGCCUCAAAAGGAUGGAACUCGACAUUGAGCUCACAUCUCUGCAUACGUCGCUGUUUGGUUUCAAUGGAUCAAAAUUCACACCCUUGGGAGAGACCAUGCUCGUUGUUGCCUUAAGGGAAGGUGACUUGAGGAAGGUGAAGAUGGUGAGAUUCGUAGUGGUCGAUCUCGAGUCGGCUUACAAC